UUCAUUCAUUCAAGAAGACUUCGCAACCAGCUUGUCCAUCGCAGACGCCCCACUGUUUUCAUUAUCUUCUCCCGGCUUUCCUGGAGUCACCAUGGCAGCAUCCACUGUGCUUCUGUUCCUCGUUCUUCUCCUAGCCAGCUCUUCCCUCUCUGUUAAUAUCGAUUUUACCUACAAUGGUUUCAAAUCAGCCACCAAUCUGAGCUUGGAUGGCUCUGCUCGUAUCACAUCCGAUGGCGUGCUUCAGCUCACCAAUGGCACUUACAAAGUGAUGGGCCACGCCUUUUUCGUCUCACCAAUUCAAAUGCUGCUCAACCCUCGCUCCAUGACACAGACUACAAUCUCCUUCAGCACCACCUUCGUCUUCGACAUCAUCACUGUUGGGAACGGAGGCGGCCAUGGCUUGGCCUUCGCAGUGGCCCCUACGAAGACUCUCGAGGGCAGUUGUUGCCAGUACCUUGGCCUUCUCAAUAGGAGCAGCAAUGGAAAUUCUUCCAACCAUAUCUUUGCGGUUGAGUUUGACACCGUUCAGGGAUCUGAUCUGUUCAAGGACAUCGAUGACAACCACGUUGGUGUCGAUAUAAACAGCCUUGUUUCCAAUGUUUCAGAAACUGCCUCCUACUGCACUGCAAAUUCCAGGAUGGUGAAUUUUGAACUGGAGAGCGGGCAACCAAUUCAGGCCUGGAUAGACUACGAUGGUGUUGCAAAAAUUCUGAAUGUGACCAUUUCUCCCCUCUCUGUAGGCAAACCAAGCCGACCUCUCAUAUCAUACGCCAUCGAUCUGUCGCCAAUUCUAAAGGAGUACAUGUAUGUUGGUUUCUCUUCAUCGACGGGGAAGCUCUCGAGUUCUCACUACAUCUUGGGAUGGAGCUUUCGGACCAAUGGAGCGGCGCGCUCCCUUGACCUAUCUCACCUACCCCUUCCUCCACAACCAGCGAAAGCUUCGUCGACUUCCAAAGCCUCUGGAAUCAAAAUUGGGGUUAUAUCUUCUCUUUCUACGCUUCUCGUGGCGGCGCUUGUAUUAUUCUCUGUUUCCUGGCACCUAUGGCAGAGGGCAAAGCUUGCGGAGACUCCUGAGGACUGGGAAUUAGAUUAUCCCCAUAGGAUCCCAUAUAAGGAUCUUUACAAGGCAACCAAAGGAUUCAGAGAGACAGAGCUUCUCGGCUCGGGUGGCUUUGGCCUUGUGUACAAGGGCACCCUACCACGCACCGGAGAAGAAGUUGCAGUCAAGAAGAUCUCAAGUAAUUCCAGGCAAGGAGUGAGAGAAUUCAUAGCAGAGGUGGCGUGCAUGGGCCGCAUGAGACACAAAAACUUGGUUCCGUUCCAAGGAUGGUGCAAGCGAAACGGAGACCUCCUUCUGGUCUCUGAGUCCAUGCCAAAUGGCGGCCUUGACACCUUCCUCUUUGAAAGUGAGAAGUGUGGGCUGUUGAGUUGGGAUCAACGGUUUAGGAUCCUCAAGGGAGUUGCUUUGGGACUCGUCUACCUGCAUGAAGAAUGGGAGCAAGUGGUUGUCCACAGAGACAUCAAAUCGAGCAACGUUCUACUGGAUGCUGCAAUGAAUGGAAGGUUGGGCGACAUCAGUCUUGCUAGAUUAUACGAGCGUGGCAAGAAUCCUCACACGAUGCUUGUGGUUGGAUACAUUGCACCAGAACUGGUGCGCACCGGCAGAUCCACGGCCAGUUCGGAUGUCUUUGCCUACGGUAUAUUGCUUUUAGAGGUGGCGUGUGGUCGGAGGCCCUUCGAGCCUACUGCUCCAACGGAACAUUCGCUUCUGAUGGAGUGGGUGAGGGGGUGCAAAAUGAGAGGCCGGUUAUUGGAGGUUGUGGAUCCCAGGCUUGGGGGGUCCUACGUGAGGGAGGAAGUUGAGCUGGUACUGAAGCUAGGACUGGUUUGUUCGCAGUCCAUUCCAGAGGUCAGGCCUACCAUGAGGCAGGUGAUCCAAUAUCUCAACGGGGAUGACAGUCUCGCCGAUGAUGCUGCCCUUGUGUUCUCCGAAGCUGAUUCUUUGGUUUUGGCAUCACGCAACUCAUAACCUUCAUCCUUUGAUAUGGUGUCUUCCAGCUCCCUCAGUGGAGGUAGGCAUGUGUGAGAGGUUCCACUACAAAGGCUUUCAUGGGUGCUCUCAACUUCUUGUUAGUUUAUGGCAUGCAUGUACUCUUCUGUUGCCGGAUAAUGUCAGCAUAAUUUUAAAAAUUAUAUAACAACUUAUAUUUUUCAUAAUUUUUUUAUUAGCAUAAUUUUGUAUCAACUUAUAUUAUUUUUUUAUUAGUAUGAUCUUAUUAAAGUGAUUUUAGGAUCACAUAGCAAGUUAUAUAUAUCGGUUAGUAAUUUUUUUUAUUAACGUGAUCCUAUAUCAAUCUAUUUUUUUUAUAUAUAUAUAGAGUCUGUACACUAGUACAUAUAAUUAUUUUUGAAAUGUAUCGAAUAUGAGAGAAUAAAAAAAAAUAUUAUUAUUAUUAUUUAAAUAUUUUAUUAGAUAAGGAUCUCCUAGAAAGAAAGAACUGGAGGAUGGAGGAGCCGGCACGGUGUAUCCAAGUUUAAUCUUUCCAUGCCGUGUCUCCAUUUAGCCUUUUCAUGUAUUAUUUUUUUUUCAUUUUUAAUGUCACCAUAAGCAUGCAUUAUAUCUUAUGAAAGCUAGUGAUGACCCAGCUGCUGCAGUGGAUAGAUGGAUUGGACUGAGCUUGUUCUAGUAAUUCGAAUACUUCAUAAAACAUAAUUACGGUUGUAAUAAACUCUUGUUGUUAUCUAAUGUCAUGGCAUUAAUUUUUUUUUCGGGUGGUAA